AUGGCUGCUAACGUCGAAGAUGUAAUCAUGCUCCUCGGUGACUCCCUCACACAGGGAGGCUGGGAGCCAAAUGGCUUCGCCGAGCGGCUCGCCUACGUGUACAACCGCAAGCUGGACGUCAUCAAUCGCGGUAUGUCCGGCUACAACACAGAGUGGAUCAUCCCCAUAUUCGAGCAGUGCUUUGCGACGCAGCACGAACAGCAGCACGUCCCCAAAGUCCGCAUACUCACCAUCUGGCUGGGCGCGAACGACGCCGCCACCCCGGACACCUCGCAGCACGUCCCGCGCGACAAGUACGCUGCGAACCUCGCCAAGCUGAUCCGCAUGGUCCGCGACCCCGCCUCUCCGCGCUAUUCCCCCGCGACGAAGGUGCUGCUGCUGACCCCGCCGCCGGUGAACACGCACCAGUGGCGCGUGCUCCGCGAGCAGGACGGUGGUUCACUUGACCGUAACUUUGAGGCCACGCGCUCGUACGCGCAGGCCGCGAGCGACGUCGGCGCGGCCGAGGGCGUCCCCGUCGUCGAUCUCUGGAACAAGGUCUGGGACGCCUGCGGGCACGUCGAGGAGCGUCUGAGCGAGUAUCUGUGGGAUGGGCUGCACCUCAACCAGCAGGGAUACGCCAUUGUGUUCGAUGAGAUCAUCAAGACGAUCAGCACUAAUUUCCCAGAGCUGCACUACGACAAUUUGGCGCCGGUAUUCCCACUGUGGGACCGAAUCGACUUGGACAAUGUCCCCGCUGCUCUUACCAAGAGGAGCAUAUUUCCCAAUUAG